CGCCGUCGACGUUUUGAAGAAACUUUAUUCGUAGCGGUGUUGGAUAAGUCGUACAACAUGGGUGCCCGGGUUGGACGUAUGUUCCGAAAUUUCAACCUAGAGAACCGGGUGCACCGAGAACUCGCCAAGGAGAAGCCGAGAAUGGCGCCUCGGCACCCGGACAACCUGCCGCUGACUGCCUCCAGCCCGGAGGCAGCGGACGCAGUGAACCAGAAGAACGACACGCUGCUGACCGCCCUCCGGUCCGUGUACGUGGAGUCCACAGACCCAGUAGCCGCUCCAGCAGAGGAUUCGAAGGCAGUGACUACAGGGAAAGAAACAGGCCGACGCCCCCUCAAGUUCAGUUUACCAGGAGACAUGUUCGGCACGGUGGAGCUCACAGACGUUCCUAAAGGCAAACUGACCAUCGUUGAGGCCAUGAAGGCCCUCGGCGGCCACCAGCACCAGCCUCAGACCUGGACGCCAGAAAAGAUCGCACAGGAGUAUUGUCUAGACUUGAAAGACACAAAAGCUGUUCUAGAGUUCUUCGUCCCUUUCAAGGUCGAGAUCAUUCCUCCCAAGUCCGGAACUGGCAAACAGAUAAAGGCCUCGUAGGACUCGAGUCUUUUGGUGAAUAGCUGUUAAAUGGGAAUAUACUUACAGAUUUAUUUAUGUCUUUCAGUGUAUUGCUUUGGGAGAGUGACCUGACUGAAACUGAUGGACGCAGUAUGAGGUUUAUUGGUGACUGAAGGUUGGUGUAUGGACACGAAUUCAGAAAAGUGAAUUGCUGACAUUUAAUAUGAAAAUACAGCACUGUUUCUUUGGAAACCUUUUGGUGACUCGUCAGAUGAAACUACACUGACAGUCAAUAGAAACUUUGAGACCAUAUUUUCAACAUAAUUUUUAUUUUGAAGCCCCAAACUGGAUUUUCUUCAUAUGAAUCAUUUGUUUAGCAUAUUGGCAUACAGAAACAAAAAUCUAAAGUUUCAAGAAUGAUUUCAAAAUAAAGAAUUUCACAAAAGAAAACGGCACCUGCCAAACACAAAGUCACAACAGUCAAUACCCAGUAUGGCCUCCAUUUGCUUCGAUGCAGGCAGCAAUCCGUCGGCGCAUGCUUUGGACCAGGCUUCUGAUUGUGGGUUGGGAACAGCCCAUACGCCUGGCUACAUCACUGUAGCUCAAACCGGCCUCCACCAUACCCAGUGCCCGGAGACGUUGUUCAUGUGAUAGACGCGGCAUGAUGCUGUUCACUGGACUAACAAUGGUGGCCUUUUUUGGGCCUUUAUAUAGGCCUUCAAAACCCAUUCUCAAACUGUGCAGAUCCUCACUGAGUAUUGCUUGGUGUGUAUUUGGUUCACUUUUGCAAAGUGACCAACCCAUGUGCAAUGAAUCACGACAAAAUGACAACUCAUCAUCAUCUCAACUACCAGGGCACGAGAUCAUCAGUAAAUCCACAAUGAAUAAUUAUAACCCCCCUACAAGUAGAAUUCUGUGUACAUUUCUACCUCAAAGUUUCUAUUGACUGUCAGUAUACAAUGCAAACGUAUUCAUACUAAGAUUUUCAGAGGUUUAUUGGGAUCUUAAAAUGAGGUCCAAUGAUAGGUCGAGAAACUUCAGCACAUUUAGAAAAAUGUACGUCUUUGUUUGUUGUCUUAGUAACAUGUUCAGAUGGUUAUCCGUCUCACGUCAGUGUGUGAAGUUCACACCUGCAGUCAGGAUGUAGUUAGCCUAGCUUAGCAUAAAGACCAGAAGCUGAUUUGGUUCCAUAGAGACGUCACCAGGUUUGGUAUCUCUACUAGCGCAGAAGAACCGCAAGUUGGGCGGUUAUGCAACGUCUUCCGAGCUAAAGUAGCUCAAUAUACGCAGCAGCAUUGCUUCCUCAGACUUGGAAAUUACUGUGUUUGUGAGUCAGUUCUGCUUAGCGAAUUUGCAAAUUGAGAUUGAACUGCAACGGAAAAUCGGGGGAACAAAAUCACAUUUUAACAGCAGGUGUAAACGCAAAGAGUAGGUAUCAUAUCCACAUACAGGUCACAUGUGGAAGUGGGGCAUUAGUAUUUAUGCUAAGCUAUUAGCUAAAUCUACCUCUGUACUCACUGGGGCAAAAUAAAUACUGUAGUAGUCAGAGCUGCAUGUAGUUGAGCAUUUCCAUGUCAUUAUUUUACUUUUUGAAAAGGAUUUUACCUGACAAAUACUGCAUCAAUGGUUAUAGUAUAAAAAUGUUUGACUAUCAUCAACCAAAGAAAAUCUUGGUGUUCUGAAAUAGCACUUGCUCUCCAACAAAUCUACUGGUCAUGAGGGGAGAAAAAAAAACUGCUAUCUCCAGAUAAUCUAACUCCACUACAGUGCACUCUACCUGCUAGCCUUAUUAGCGUAAAUCCACCUAAAAAGUGAAUAUUUGCAGUGUAAUAAAUUUAAAAAAAAAAGACCAGUGUGAAGCUGGCCAUAUUCAUGUCAUUUCUGAAAGUAGAUGUAUAUCAACUGUUUAUCCAGCAGAGGGACUGCAGAGCAAUAUGAUACAUAUAGACGGUAGCCUGCUGUCUUUGACCGUCCAUUUUAACAAAAUACAACCACACAGACAACUGUGAUAUGUCGCCAGUGAAUAUGAAGCUGACUCAGAGUAAACACUGAGUAAAUUAAUCUAAAAUAUUCCAGAAGGAUGUUUAUUUGCGUCCAUCUCAUCCAGCAGUGAUGUCCUGUUAGUCGAGGUUACUUUAGCUCCACUCAGGGUUCUUCAGAGAUCUAAUAUGUUUUCUGCGUUUUGUUGCGGUAAAUAAGUUCUGCAGCAAACAAAGGCUUUAAUACAUCCUUCUUAUGGGUUACAGUCUACAGGUGUGUAGCGGCGUGUUGCCAAGGCUGCAGAUAGUGUGCCAAAUCCAAACCUCCCAGAGGAAAGUGCAGUUUAGGUUUUCAUAGUUUAUCUCAGAAGUUUCACACAGUUAUUUCAGAUAAAUACAGAACUCAUAUAAAUGUGAUCAGUAAUGUUUCAUACUGCUGUCAGGUGACAACAAAAUGACUACUGGGGAAGAUAACGUGCUAAAAUUAUGUUUAAAGAAAACAGAUGACGUGUUAACUAUCGUAACUGAUGUUGAAAGAAUUUAAAACAUCUUUAAAAAUAUUUAAUUUCUGCAUAAAUCUGAAAAAAAACCCACUGGCAAAUAAGCCCAAAUCUGAUGUAGUAUUCAAUCUAUCUGCAGGUUAAUUACACAAGGAUGUCCACAAAACUGGAAAACAUAGAAGCAUCACCCUAAUGGUUUGAAUGUAAUAUUGGUGACAACUUUAUGGAUGUGCUGUUUUAAUGCCAUAAUGUGGCAGUGAAGUAAAAGAGAGAAAGGCGUUGAAACAACGUGGAGUUUAUUUCUGAAUGAUCCUGUGGCACCAGUUCGCUGCAUACACGCACACUUUUUGAAAAUAAAAUGAUUUUAUCUUCGA